CUGCUGUCAGUCCGCAGCUUGGCACGGUGAUAGCGCGUUUAUUCGUACGAAUAUAAUCGGUAUCGCAUAAGCAGCAGCAGACUUUCGUCCCUAUUUGUUUCUUUAACGUUUUUAUUUUUCUUUUUUUUUUUUUUCUUUUCGAUUUCUCUUUUUUAAUUUUGCAUUUCGUUUAUUAAUUUCUCUUGAUAUAUAUCAUUUGAUACGAAUUUGUAAAAAAUCAUUGGAGAAGAAAGAUCGUUAAGAAUUUUGAUAAAAAAUAUCGCGUUUCUGUGAUCCGAUCAUAGAAAUCGUCGCGAUUAGCGACUCGUCGUGCCUGAUUAUUAUUCUUCGUUUAACUUUGUCGAACAAAAUUUGACGCUAAAAUCUGGAGGGAACCUGGCAAUAAAACGUGAUCCACGAAGAGAGGAAAGAGAAUUUUUCAUCAAAGAAUUUGAUCGGCAGUGACAGCACGGAAAAAGAGCAGUGUGUGUUCGAUUGUUAAGGAAAGACGAUUACGUGAGAUACAUAAUUGCCUGUCGUCGGCCGAUCGUCCGGAACUCGCUUAUUUCGUCCUAAAACUUUACAUUCUUACGACCUCAGGAAGAUAUAUUGCAAAGGUUUUCUCGGCAAAAAGCAAGAAAAAUGUCAAUUGUAAUGCAAUAUGUGGAUCGAUUCCACGAAAUACUUGACAAACAUGCAGAUCAGAGAACAACGAAUUGGUUUAUGAUGAGUUCACCAUUCCCUACUCUGUUUAUCUGCUUGAGCUACGUAUAUGGUGUAAAAGUUUUAGGGCCAAAGCUGAUGGAGAAUAGGAAACCAUUUCAAUUAAAAAAUGUCCUAAUAGUUUAUAAUCUAUUCCAAAUGGUGUUCUCAGCGUGGCUUUUCUACGAGAGUCUGAUGGGCGGAUGGUGGGGCCAUUAUAGUUUCCGUUGCCAACCUGUGGACUAUAGCGACAAUCCAAUCGCGAUAAGGAUAGGAAUGUCCGGAUGGCUGACUGGCGACUAUUCUCUAAGGUGCCAACCCGUAGACUACAGUGAUCGACCCCAAGUACUAAGGAUGGUGCACGCUUGUUGGUGGUAUUAUUUCUCCAAAUUUACGGAAUUCAUGGACACGAUCUUCUUUGUAUUAAGGAAGAAGAACGAUCACGUGUCAAUAUUGCACGUUAUUCACCAUGGUUGCAUGCCAAUGUCAGUGUGGUUUGGCGUUAAAUUCACACCAGGCGGUCAUUCUACUUUCUUCGGACUCUUGAACACAUUCGUUCAUAUAGUGAUGUAUACAUAUUACCUUUUGGCCGCGAUGGGUCCAAAAUUACAACCAUAUCUUUGGUGGAAAAAAUAUUUGACCGUCUUCCAAAUGAUCCAAUUUGUCGCGGUAAUGAUCCACGCGUUUCAAUUACUCUUCAUCGACUGCAAUUAUCCGAAGGCAUUCGUCUGGUGGAUCGGUCUACAUGCAACUAUGUUCUUCUUCCUGUUCAACGAAUUCUAUCAACAGAGUUACCAACAAAAGAAGAGGAAACAAACAAUCACGAAUGGCGUGAAAAAAGAUCAUCAGCAAAAUCAUCAAACGAACGGCAUGACGAAUGGAGCAAUGGGCAAUUCGUCCGGAAGAAGAGAUGCAGCCGAUUAUUACGUGAAAGGCGACAGUCUAGCCGCCUCGGAGCUCAAUCUUAGGAAAUCGUAUACAACGACCGAGUGACCCGAUCAUGCUACGUUGUAGCCAUCAUCAAAUCAUCUCGUCUUUUCUCAUCGAUUCCUCGAGUCGCAUCCGGGCUUCGUUCCUUCGCCCUUCCAUUCUAAUGAUCCUUCGGGUUCGAGUGGAGAAAACAUUGAGUACAAAAUUACUCUGCGAUCGCGUUUGCGUGUAUUCGUGAAAGGAGAUAGAAAGUAAGAGG